UCCCUCGGCGCUGGCCGCCAUGGCUGCCGCGGCGCUCGGCCGGGGCGUGCUGCGGCGCGGGAGGGCCGCCGGCGCCGCGGCAGGCAGAAGAUCUCUUCUUUCUGCAGCAUAUGUGGACAGCUCAAAAUGGGAAAACAGAAAAAAAGAAGAUCAUAACCUGGCUGAAUUAGCCACCUUAAUGGACAGAACCUAUGAAAGAAAGCUGCCUGUCAGCUCUUUGACAAUAGCCCGGUUUGUUGACAACAUUUCUUCACGAGAGGAGGUGGAUCAAGCGGAGUAUUACCUUUACAAGUUUCGGCAUAGUCCAAAUUGCUGGUAUUUGAGAGAUUGGAUUAUCCACAGCUGGAUCAGACAGUGCUUAAAAUACAAUGCAGAAGACAAAGCCCUGUACACGUUAAAAAACAAGGUUCAAUAUGGAAUUUUCCCAGAUAAUUUUACAUUCAAUAUUUUGUUGGAUUGUUUUAUAAAGCAGAAGAAAUAUGAAGAUGCUAUGUCAAUAGUAACAGAGAUCAUGUUGCAAGAAAGUUUUGAUGAAUUCUCAACACAGCUUCUUUCUCUCUAUGUCUUAUACCAAUACUUGGCAACCAAGUCUGAGCAUACGUGGGAAGAGGAGAGAAAUCUUGGUGCAUCACUGGUGCUAACUGGUCUAAAGCAAACAAGCACUGUGGGGUUUAGCUCCCAGCUAUAUGGCUAUGCAUUCCUUGGGAAAGUGGAGUUGAAUAAAGGACUAAGAGCUGUAUACAAUUUAAUGCCACUGAUGUGGACACCUGGAUACUUGAAUAGAGCCUUGCAAGUGAUGGAGAAUGUAGCUUCAUUGUCGGGGGACAGCAAAAUCUGCAAAGAAGCUAUUGAUAUUCUGGAGACCAUUCUGCAGACUGCCCUUGAGGCAAAACCUGAUCCAGAACCAUCUGAAGAAGUCAAGAAGGUAGAGCAGAAGUCACAGUAUGCAGAAUCAGAAGAGACUGAGCAGUCUAAAAUACCUCAUUACUACAAUCGAUUCAAGGAGCUAUACUCUAAGCUGCAUUCACUUGGCAAGGUUGAAUCUGAAAGCCUGUUAACCCUGACCACCCAACUUGUCAAGGAAAAACUGCCAGCAUGUGAAGUGGAAGACAUUGCGAAACAUGAGCAGAAGCUAAAGGAGUGGGAGCAAGAACAAGCGCUUCUUACUCAGCGAGAAAGAGAGAUGAGAGAAAAGGCUAAGCAGGAGCUGGAAGCUAGGAAACUAGCUAACGCAUCUGUUUAAUACUGGAUCUCAAGGACUAGCAUUACACAUUCUUCUGGUAAUAAACUUACUUAAGUGCUCACUGUUAUUAAUACCUCAUUUUAAUCCUGCAAAUGUGUCUUUAUGUGACUACUUACUGUACGCAAAUUAAACUAUUUCUAUUUCUCCUGUUUCCUGAA